GAGGAGAGGCACGCCGGUGGCAUGACCUUGAGCCAAACCCAUGCUGCAACCUCUACCUCGAACCUACGCCUACCUUGCACGCUCUGUACCCCUCCCUGCCUCCCCUCGCACUAGCCUAGCCCCCUGAGGAAGCACACACGCCGCCCUGGUUGUCAACCCGUGACGCAUCAUAUCAUCGAACGCCUGCCAGACAUGAGUGACCGCUCAUGCGUCUGCAGCCUCCAAGCAACGCCGACAGCAGCUAAACUACAAACGUUGUCCCACGCACUCAGGAACGCUCCUCCACCGCUCCCUUUGGCCAAUGGCGAGGGCGUGAGCCCGUGCACCGCCCCGUCCAGCUCUCAAUCCACCGUGCACCGGCGUAGUUCUUUAUAAACGAGAGCCAGGGUCCUCCCUCUCUCUUUUGCGUCUCCGCCACUCCCUCAACUCUCUAUGCAUCUCUCUGAGGAGCUGAAGGAGAAUCUCAGUUCGUUCCUUCCUCGCUGCCGGAGGAAACCGAGCGGAAACUUGUCGGCCCAUCGCGCGCCAUGCCGUGGCCGCCGACUCUCUGUUUUCCCUCACUCUCCGUUCCCCUAAACAUUGCACUCUACCUGAAACCUAAUCCAUACCCUACGCAUGCGCAGGUAACCACUAGGAGGCCCCGCAGACGAGCUCCGCGGCCGGCCGUUCUCGACUCCGUCCGCGCCGGCGCCGCGCACACCACGGACGAAGUCGACGCCUGGAGGCCGCCACAGCACGCGCGCGUCGCCGCGUCAACCUCCUCCGCGUUCCCUUCACGGCCACGUCUCCUGCGCCCUCCGCCGGUGAGCCCCCGCCGAUCCAGCACUCGUCUCCGUCGCGGGAGUCCUCGAUCGUGCCGGCUCAGGAGGUGCUGCAUGUCGAGUCCGAGCCCACCACUGCACCUCCCGCCACGCAGCUUCAUCCUCGAACCCUCGCUUUCAUCACCGAGCAACCCAAGGAACUCGCUGGAUGAUCGCCGUCUUCGAGCUCCGUCUCACUACUGUCCCCGACGCCGAUCACGUCAUCAUGCGCGCCGACGACCAGGAGCACGCCUGCAUGUUCAGCUGCACCGGCGUCGAGCAGCAUCCCGGCCGUCGUCGUCCAGCUCGCCGAACUCGUCGGAAGGUCGCCGUCGUCGGUUCCGUCCGCGCUGGCGUCGUGCUCGUCUUCGUCCAAGACGACGUACGGGAGGCUGUAUCUGCACUCACGCGUCGCCGGCCGAGCCGUCUCUAGCUCCGCCCAGUCUCCACGCCGCCCCCACUCCGUCUUCCUCGAGCCCCAUGAUUGCGGACACUAUCGAAGAAGGAGGAAAGGAUCGCGGUGAGGUUUUCGAUGAGGAAGGAAGAGCAGAGGUUCGUGAAGGAGAAGUCUGGGACAAAUAGCCAACAGAAGGCAAGCCACCUCUUGAUGCAUCUCUGAUCCCAUAUAUCUUACUCUUGCAUUAUUGCAGGUUUUAUAAAGUGCAUGUCUUUUUAUUUUGGUGGUUAGUGCCACCCGGAGUUUUAUUAAUCCACCCUUAGGGUGCAGUCCUUCUUGGUACCUGCUGAUCACACCUCUAUUAGUGAUAUGGUGCUUACCACCUCAUCGCACUUGUCGCCUCUUUUCAAAGGGAAAUUGGACUAUAGGUUGGGAGCCCUUGAAAAAUAUUUGUGAAAAUUGUUUUCAAGCAAAAAGGUUUUUCUGGAAAACCUUGGAAUGGGGUUGCCCUGCCCAAGUGUGGUUUUUGUGAAACACAAGAAGGUUUAUGAAAGAUAUUGCUGGAGGCAAAUGGAGAUGAAAAGUUGUUUUCGAAAAACCUUUGUGACCAUAGUACGAAACCGGACCUAGCCAGUACAACCACAUUACCCUUUAGUGGGACGGGGCGUAGUGUAGUAGUUUGUCUCGCCUUAGUUUGGGUCCUGCAAAUGUAAGGGGUAGUCCGAGCAUGGACACCUAUCGACCGGGCCUUCCCGACGUACUGGGGACGCCUUUCCGUCUUUUCAGAUGGCAGGGGUACAACCUAUGAGCUCCCAUUGAAUAAUGCUCCGCAGUUGGUCGCGGCAUUCCGGAGGGUCGAGCUGGUCGGGGAAAUUGCUACUCCUGGGUAAACGACCCCUCAGACUCUGGUGUUGGGAGGUACAACUCUAGGCGGCAUGUCUUAGGCUAAGGCGAGCAGGCGAAAAACUACGAUCGGGUACUUGUCGUGGCAUAUGUUAUUAUGCAGGGAUGAUGCCCACACGAUGAGUAUUCGGAUCUUGUGGGGAAAGUGUACAACCUCUGCAGAGUGUAAAUCUAUUCAAAUAGCCGUGUCCGCGGUUAUGGACAUGGGAAUGGCGGUACGUGGCAUUAAAGGGAAGUUUUGUUUUACAAAUAUGUUUUCCAAAAAGUUUUUGGAAAUGUACCUGGGAGGUACGGAAAGAUACCAGUGGGACUGGUGGAGAUGUAUCUGAGAGGUACGGUGGAAAUACGGGAAAAGUUGGAAUGGCCAUUUGAGAUGGCCGAAACUGAGAAGGGGUUAUCCUUACCUAUUAGUCUGCAAAAUAAAAUGGUUUACAAAGAGUUUUCAACAAAGAUAUAGAUAUGUCAAAUUCUCGAGAGGAACCACCUCUCGCUCCUUGUCGCCCUAGUUUAGUGCUUGUUCCUUGCUACUGCCAUAUUGCAUAUCCUUUACUUCUCUCUAAGGUGGUUUGCGAGUACAUUCAAACGUACUCAUUGGCAUUGUUGUCCUGGCUAUUUACUUGGCCAGACUUUGAAGAGGAGUACUACGAAGAAGAGGAGUACGACGCUGAAGACGCGAACUAGGUCGCUCUCCCAGUCAGCCGCCUGUAGGGUAAAGGCCUGACGUGGGUUCCACCGCUGUUUGAAGUCAAAUAAAUUCCGCUGCUGUUUGUUGAACUUCGGCCUUGAUGGCCUAUGAUGUAAGACUUCCGUAUUAAUGUUAUUUCGGUACUGUAAUGGAUGAUGUAAUCUGGUAUCAGUUCGGUUAUGUAUUCACGAUGGAAUGAUCUUGGGAUCGUGAAGUUGUAUGCAUAACAGGAGUUCUGGACUGGUAAGUUCGGGGCCCCACAUAGCGGUCUAUGUACUUUGUCAUA